AGGUGCGCUGAUUUGCAUAAAGUUGUUUAACAAUGGCGGACGAGUUAUAACAGCAAACGAUAAAUACUUAAACUCGCAGAGUGCAGCCAAUUUAUUGAGGAAUAAUGGCUGAAACGGUCUCAGAUCGUCAGAAGUUAUUUGAACUGGAUUUAGAUAAUCAAAAGAAGAACAUAUUCGUCACACAAUUGCAUGACAGAGAUGACGAGGAUGACAUUACAGCAUUUCCAGUCGUUAAGGAGACAGGGGACAAACUUAUUGAGACUGGCAUUAACACAUUACAAAGAACGCUACUGUUAAAAAAAGAGGUUGAAGUUGACAAAGUACAGGCAGAGCUAGAAGCAAAGCGCCAUGAGUUCCGACAAAGAAUGGAAGCAUGUGCAAAAAGGCAGAUUGAAAUACAAAAGAGGCAGCAGAAGAUGAAAGAUAGAGUUGCUCAGUUUGGUUCCUUCUUGAAAGAAAAUGAGGCAAAACGACGGCGAGCUAUUCAGAAAUAUCAAACAGAGGUCAAGUUAAAGGAACAGAAGACAGUAGAACUAGAACAAUUGGAAGAGGAAUUAGAACAGCUCAAAGAAACGUUGUCAAGAUUAGACAGAAAGGUUUCCCGUUACAAGAAAUUUGAAGACUACUUGCUGCGUGUGAUAGACGUAAUGCCAGAAGAUUAUCUGGCAGCCUCCGAUGACAAGAUGAAAGGACUAAUGUCUCGACAUCGCACACUCAGUGACUCUAAUGUCCAUCUAGUCAAUAAGCUGGUGUCAAUGUCAGACGAGCUGGAAGACUUGAAGGGUGAACUGGAUGUAAUGAAGAACGAACACAACAAGCAGGUGAUAUCCAUCAACAGUGAGUUGUCACGGUUACAACAGGUACAGGAAGUGGAGAGUGCCCACAACCAGAAAGUGGAAAACAAAUAUAAUGAAACCAAAGGAGGGAUGAGGCAAAAGCGCACAGAGCUUGGUGUGAUAUUGAUGGCGAUUGACAAUAUAGCAGAGAUCUGCCACAAACGUCUGGACGUGCCAGUACAGGAGAUGAACCUCGACCAGAAACUCAGGAAAAUAAGAGAUUAUGUCAAUGACCGAGCCGACGUGGCCAUAAUGGCUCAACCGACUGAGGAUGAGGAAACUCCCACAGGAAGUAGAAGAGGCAGCACAGAAAAUUCGAAAAAAUCAAAAACUAUAAAGAAUUUGAAAGUGACAAUAAAUGGAUAGCUUUUCAUUGAACAUUACACCCAUUAUGCAUUUUUAUAUCAUGCCUUAUAAAACUUUGAGUGCCUUACUGGUUUUUGGCCUAUUGUAGGCUGUAUUUUUUAACCUUUUUAAUCAGCCGUAAUGUUGACAAAUUUGUCUCAGUGCUAAAAAAAUAAAAGUGUUUCAUGAUUUGUCUUCUUUUUAAACUGCUCAAUCAAUCUUCUGAAACAAAUGAACAUUAAACAGUUUCUGACUCUUUUUUAUAUGUUGCUGUUUUUGGACCCAAAUAGAAAUUCUGCAGAUAACUAUUCUGGUAUCUCUCUGGCACACCUUAAGGAACUGGCAAACCUAAUAAUUUUGAUGUACAUUCUGGAGACAUUUCUGAAAUAGUAUUAAUGUAAUCAUGUAAAAGGCAAUUUUUAGCAUCAGCUUUAGAGAUAAAUUUAUGAGAAAAGUCUGAGUUUUAUUUUUGGAAAUUUUAUUUUUUGUGUUUAGUUUAUUUGUGGUGCCUGUACAAUGAUGCUUGCCAUUGCUAACGGUUGUCAUAUCUGUGAUGUUUUUAUAACAUAUUUUGUUAUGUUUUAAAUAAUAUAUUUUGCUAAAUGUCUUAUCAUUAUUAGAGGAACUUGUUCUAUUAGAAGUUUACAGAGUGGGUAGCCAUAGUAAUUCUUGAUUCUAUAUGUUUUUAAAUUACACUACACAUUUAAAAUAAGGUUAGAAUUUAUCAUACAACUUUCAAGAACUAUUUAUACACAUGUUAUUCAGGAGUAGCUGACAUUAUUGAAAAUUGAAGGUAUUUUUUGUUUCUGUAUAAAUUAUUAUCAUAGUUGCUCAACCAUUAAUGGGUACAAUUCAUUGCUACAAUGGACUUUGUUAUUGCUUUUACCAAGUCUUCUUGUGUUCUGUUUAUGUCUUUGUUACUACAUCCAUGCUGUAGUUCAGUUGCAUUUAAGUAAUAUCUAAGCUUUUUUAAAACAGACAAACACAGAAAUAUCUGACUAAUUUAUUUUUGGUAUGAAUAUUCCAAAUACAAAUAUUUUGAAAAAAGACAGGAAGUACUUUUUAUUGCUUGGAAUUUUAAUAUCUGUCACUUUCAUUAAUUUGAAGCAAUGAAAUCAGAAGUGUUAUAAAAUAAAUUAUAAGAAAUUAUUUUUGAGGAUUUUUUUGUGUAUUUUCUUUGCAUUAAACACUUGUUUAUACAAGAUUUCUGUGAAGGUUUUCAUUAAAAAAAGUGCCCUAUAAUAUUAUUUUUUUGUUAAGAAUGGAUUAAUCAGACAAUUUUAUCUGCUGUUGUAAAAAGUAAAGCUUUAUUUGCUCAAUCAUAUUACAUAAAUAACUUUGAGUUAUUGCAUUGUGACAUCUUCUUCUGUACAAAUAAACCACAUAUGACAUUUUGAAAUAUCAAGGUUAUAUUCUUUAUAUAAAACUAUUGUUGUCUUUAGAUUUAAUAAAGUAUGAAUACAAAAUUAUGUAUGCAAACUGUCUCAGUUGAAUCAAUGUUUUAAUAAAAAUGUGUGAUAAGAACAAUUAGCAGUUGAAAUUUUCAACAUGAAUUAAAUAUGUUUAAAAAUGACAAAUGUAACAAAAUAUAAUGCAUGUUUUCCAUAGACAAAAUAGGAAAUCAAGUGUGGGUUAUUCAAUAGAAGUUAUGGGCAGAGGGAUUGUUUUGAAUAAUUGUGGAAAUAUGAACAGUGAAAUGCACAAGCAAAAACAUGCUCUAUCAAAAUCCAUUUAAACUUAUUCAUUCUAUACACUAAAAUGUAACAAAAGCAUUAUAAGUGAUUAGUGAUGAAUUCUAUCAUAAUACUUACGUAAAAUGUUAACGUUAUUAAACUUUAUUUAGGCUGCUCUUGUUAUAUGAAAUUUUACAUUCACGUUUUUAUUGAUUAAAAUGACGUCAUAUCGGA